AUGGCCAAAGUUCCGCGCAACUUUCGCCUCCUCGAGGAGCUCGAAAAGGGCGAAAAAGGUAUUGGAGAUGGCAGCUGCUCCUACGGCCUCGACGAUGGCAGUGAUCUUAGUAUGUAUAUGCUCACUGCGUACCGGAUACGACUUCUAGCGAUUCACUCGAAAGCUUCGCUAAGCCGGGGCAUUCGCGCGUUCGAGUUCAGCCGCUGA